AAACUGAGCACAGAGGAGUUGAGUCACAUGUCCCAAGCUACACAGGGUGCAGUUAUCGGGAAGAUGGACUAGGAUCCAAGCUGCCUAUUGCAGAUCCAAUGCUGUCACCAUGCAUUGGUGUCUCCACAGCGCAAGUGCCUCCUUACGCUGGGGUGUGAUGGAAGGGCUGCUGACAAGAUGCAGAGCACUGCCUGCCUUGGCCACAAGCAGUCACCAGCUCUCGGGGUACGUUCCUCACAGGUUUCACCACCGUGCCCCAGGGAGAGGGAAGCGCUUGGUGCUGUCCCGCAUGUUCCAGCCCCAGAACCUUCGGGAAGACCAGGUGCUCUCUCUAGAGGGCAGAUCUGGCGAGCUGACCUGUAAGAGCCAGCGGCUGAUGCUGCAGGUGGGCCUGAUUCACCCGGCAAGCUCCGGCUGUUACCACCUCCUGCCUUAUACUGUCCGUGCCAUGGAGAAGCUUGUGCGGGUGAUAGACCAGGAGAUGCAGGCCAUCGGGGGACAGAAGGUCAACAUGCCCAGCCUCAGCCCAGCAGAGCUCUGGCGAGCCACCAGCCGCUGGGACUCGAUGGGCAAGGAGCUGCUAAAACUUAGAGACAGACACGGCAAGGAGUACUGCUUAGGACCAACUCACGAGGAAGCCAUUACAGCCCUGAUUGCCUCCCAGCAGACACUGUCCUACAAGCAGCUCCCGCUCCUGCUGUACCAGGUGACGAGGAAGUUUCGGGAUGAGCCCAGGCCCCGCUUUGGUCUUCUCCGAGGCCGAGAGUUCUACAUGAAGGACAUGUACACCUUUGACUCCUCCCCUGAGGCCGCCCAGCAGACCUACAGCCUGGUGUGUGAUGCCUACAGCAGCCUGUUUGACAGGCUGGGGCUGCAGUGCGUCAAGGUCCAGGCAGACGUGGGCAGCAUCGGGGGCACGACGUCUCACGAGUUCCAGCUGCUGGUGGACGUCGGAGAGGACCGGCUUGCAGUCUGUCCCGGCUGCGGCUUUUCGGCCAACAUGGAGACUCUGGACUUGUCACAGACAAACUGCCCUGCUUGCCAGGGGCCACUGACCAAAACCAAAGGCAUCGAGGUCGGGCACACGUUUUACCUGGGCACCAAGUACUCCUCCAUUUUCAGUGCCCAGUUCACCAAUGUCCACGGCAAGCCAUCCCUGGCGGAAAUGGGGUGUUAUGGCUUGGGUGUGACGCGGAUCUUGGCCGCUGUCAUUGAAGCUCUCGCUACAGAAGACUGCAUCCGCUGGCCUGGCCUCCUGGCCCCUUACCAAGUCUGCCUCGUUUCCCCCAAGAAGGGCAGUAAGGAGGAGGCGGCCGCAGAGCUCACGGGACACCUGUAUGACCACAUCACAGAAGCGGUGCCGCAACUCCGAGGGGAGGUCCUGCUGGAUGAUAGGACCCAUCUGACCAUUGGAAACAGACUGAAAGACGCCAACAAGUUCGGCUACCCAUUUGUGAUCAUUGCGGGCAAGAGGGCCCUGGACGACCCUGCACAAUUUGAGGUUUGGUGCCAGAACACCGGAGAGGUGGUCUUCCUUACCAGAGAGGGAGUCCUGGAAUUACUGAGCCAAGUGCAGGUUGUCUAAACGCCCCCUGGACCCCUCCCACUGUAUCUCACAGUCUCGGCAUUCAUUCUAAUGCUGCCUUUCUUAUACUG